GGCAGGCGGGGCGCGGCGCGUGCGCGGGGAAGAUGGCGCUACGUCUGCUGCGGAGGGCGGCGCGCGGAGCGGCGGCGGCGCUGCCGAGGCUGAAAGCUCCUCUGGCGGCCGAUGUGCCCAGGCUUGGCUAUAGUUCCUCAUCCAAUCACAAGUACAUUCCCCGGAGGGCAGUGCUCUAUGUACCUGGAAAUGAUGAAAAGAAAAUAAAGAAGAUUCCGUCCCUGAAUGUAGAUUGUGCAGUGCUCGACUGUGAGGAUGGUGUGGCCAUGAACAAAAAGACUGAAGCUCGAUUAAGAAUAGUAAAAACUCUUGAAGACUUUGAUCUGGGCCCAACCGAAAAGUGUGUGAGAAUCAACUCGGUGUCCAGUGGCCUGGCCGAAGAAGACCUGGAGACCCUCCUGCAGUCCCGGGUCCUUCCUUCCAGCCUGAUGCUACCCAAGGUGGAAGGGCCUGAGGAAAUCCAGUGGUUUUCAGACAAAUUUUCAUUCUACUUAAAAGGCCGAAAACUUGAACAACCUAUGAAUUUAAUCCCUUUUGUGGAAACUGCAAUGGGUUUGCUCAAUUUUAAGGCAGUGUGCAAAGAAGCAGUAGAGGCCGGGCCUCCAGUGGGCCUUUUCCUAGACGCUGUCGUUUUCGGAGGAGAAGACUUUCGAGCCAGCAUAGGUGCAACAAGUAGUAAAGAAACCCAAGAUAUUCUCUACGCCCGACAAAAGAUUAUUGUUGUGGCGAAGGCCUUCGGUCUACAGGCCAUAGACCUGGUGUACAUCGACUUUCGAGACGAAGAGGGGCUUCUCAGGCAAGCGAGAGAAGGAGCUGCGAUGGGAUUUACGGGUAAGCAGGUGAUACACCCUAACCAAAUUGCAGCCGUCCAGGAGCAGUUUUCUCCUUCCCCUGAAAAAAUUAAGUGGGCUGAAGAACUGAUCGCCGCCUUUGAAGAGCAUCAACAAUUAGGAAAGGGAGCCUUUACUUUCCGAGGGAGUAUGAUCGACAUGCCAUUACUGAAGCAGGCCCAGAACAUUGUUACGCUUGCCACAUCCAUCAAGGAGAAAUGAUCUGCUAAAUCAAGCUCUCAUCAGGCAACCCUCUGCUUCAACCCAACUGCCCUUCCCAUCCUCUGUGCUGGUCCGGAUGACCCCUCCAGGCUCUGACAGGAUGAAAGCGCAAGAUGUUCUAGUCUCCACUCCAGUUACAGACAACCCCCAAACCCUACCGGGGGCCUCCUCAAGCCAGGAGCUCACUGAGAGACAAGCCCUCCCUGUGAGGAGCCUCAGAUGCGGGGGUGAAGGCAUUUGGAUCUUGGGGAAAGCAGUCCCCUCAGCAAGGCCUCCACACCCAGCACCAACAGGCCCAUGGGUUCCUAGGUCCCCAACCAUGUUGGAACAGUCACCACGCCCUUAAUCUCAAGCUGCACUUUGUUCAAACAAAGCCACCUUGCUGUGUAAAUCUCCCCAAGUGUCAAAUUUAUCAUCUUCCUUAUAACCCCCUGGUCCUGAUUAUGGUAGGGUCA